GGCAGCAGUAGUUCCUCCAUUUAUGGGCAGAUUUGUUUGUUUUCCUUUGCUUUCAGCCAAUAUUUUUGUUUGGUGUUUAUCUGAAUCGACUGUGUUUUUUGGGGCAUUGGCAAGAAUUGUGUGUGCCUGCUAAUGGACAAGGGAGUUCUGGUGGUUUUGCCCAGGCCGAGAGAGACAGGGUGCAGCUCCAAUAUAAAGGAGAAUGGCGAGAAGACUCAGACUUCCCACCCACACGAGUGGCUCCCUUUUGAACCCUGUGGUUGCGUCCCCCAAUGCCCACACCCCCCACAGUGUUAUCAGUCUCAGAAUAAGGGAAGCAUGGAGACAGCUCACAGGUGUGUGUGUGUUAUAGAGAGAGAGAGAGAGAGAGAGAGAGAGAGGACGCUCGGUUUCCUUCUAUCAAUGCUAAUGCUGUCUCCCCCCACUUCACCCUUUGAUUUCCUCCAUCUUCAUGUUGUGUAGGUCUCGUUCCUCAAACAUCCUGAGAAAGCAAUAACAACAGUGCUUCAUUAAAUUCUUUUCUUUUCUUUGUUUGUUUGUAUUUUUUUUCUUCUUCUUCUUCUGGUCCUUUUUGAAGAAGUAAAAUGGCUUCGGAUGAGAUGAAACCUGCUGGUGACAUUGGGCUGUUUGCUGGAGGACCACUUCUGCCUUCAUUCGUUGGAUCUUCUGCUUCUUCUCCUCCUUCUAGUUCUAGGGAGAAGGGCUUGGCUAGCAGUGGUGAACAAGCUUGGGGAUUGCAGUGUUUUGCAGAGGGAAAGGAGUACCAUGAGAAGGGCGAGAAGAGCAGCAACCAAGGCGAGGAAGCUGAUCAAGCUGGCGACGAUAGUUUCAAUCUCGAGAGCGUGCAACAGCAGCAGAAGCUCUGUGUCAGGGGUCACUGGAGACCAGCCGAGGAUGCCAAGCUCAAGGAGCUUGUCUCUCAGUAUGGCCCUCAGAAUUGGAAUCUGAUUGCUGAGAAGCUGGAAGGAAGAUCAGGGAAGAGCUGCAGGCUGAGGUGGUUCAACCAGUUGGACCCAAGGAUCAACAGAAGUGCCUUCACUGAGGAGGAAGAAGAUAGACUUUUGGCUGCUCACAGGCUUUAUGGCAACAAAUGGGCACUGAUUGCCAGGCUCUUCCCCGGGAGGACAGAUAAUGCAGUGAAGAAUCAUUGGCAUGUGAUCAUGGCAAGGAAGCACAGAGAGCAAUCUGCCUAUAGGAGGAGGAAGCCCACCGCUAUUUCUUCCUUAGACUCUCCUCCACUUCCACCUCACACCCUUGUUUCCAGAAGGAUGGAGCUGAACAUACCCAUCAAUGCUUGCAGUGGUGACUCCUCCACCAUCACCAGCAUCAGAAACGAGUCCGCCUCCACCUGCACUGACCUCUCCCUCAAUUCCUCCUUCGCCAGGACUUUUCCUACCUUCUGCAGUCCUCUCCAAACCCAAUCCUUCCCUCCCUGUGAUAUCUUCAGUGGAUUGAAUGUCUCUGGAGUCGCCCCCAUGGAGAUAGAACCUGCGAUCGAUCAUCCUAAUUACUCGACUGCCGAGGCUUCUGCAAGGAGCAACGCUUGGCCACAAGGGGAAGCAGAUCAUGGAAGAGAGAAGAUCAGGAUAGCCUUCAUUGAUUUCCUUGGUGUUGGUGCAACAUAGGAGAUAAGGGAGUAGGCAAAGGAAGUGACCAGAGCAGGGCAAAGCAAAGCAAAAGUGAGGAGUAAAAGAUACACAUUUGGAGUCGAGUGUGAAAGAGAAGGGAAAUUUUGUAGCAGCAGCAAACCUAUACUUUGCUGCUUGGAUCUUUAAUUAAUUUAUGUAUGAACUUUCCCCUUCCUUCAUUCCUAGUAAGCCUCUACGUUCCAUAUAUAAGCCAAGGCACAUGCAAACUUUUGAUUGAUCUCUUCUACUAUUUG